UUUUAAAUUCGUUAAAAAAGUCGCAUUUAGAUGACGUAUAAUAUUUACCUCCACGUAUCUGAAGCGAAAACAUGGCGGAAGUGGACGAAGCUAACAAGCCACUGUUCUCAGGGCUCUCCGAUGUGUCCAUCUCAGCUGACAUUCCAGUGGAGGGGGAGAUCACGGUCCCAGUCAGCUCCCCGUCCCAGGACGAUGCGUUCUCCACACUGGAUGAGCCUGUCAAAGACACCAUCUUGAGGGAUUUAAAGGCGGUGGGGCAGAAGUUUGUUCAUGUGAUGUACCCCAAGAAAAGCUCAGCAUUGCUGAGAGACUGGGAUCUGUGGGGCCCUCUUCUGUUAUGCGUCACACUGGCUCUCAUGCUCCAGGGAGGAGCAGCGGACAGUAAGGAUGACGGGGGCCCUCAAUUUGCCGAGGUCUUCGUGAUCGUUUGGUUCGGAUCGGUUGUCAUCACGCUCAACUCCAAACUACUAGGUGGGACAAUCUCAUUCUUCCAGAGCCUGUGUGUGUUGGGGUAUUGCAUCCUGCCCCUGACGGUCGCCAUGGUCGUGUGCAGGCUGGUGCUGCUGGGCGGGGCCGGUGCGGUCAGCUUCGCCAUCAGGCUCAUUGUGGUCGUGGCCUCCUUUGGCUGGUCCACGUUUGCUUCCACAGCUUUCCUGGCUGAUAGCCAGCCCCCCAGCCGCAAGGCUCUGGUCGUGUAUCCCAUCUUCCUCUUCUACUUCGUCAUUGGAUGGAUGAUCUUGACCUUUGCCCCCUCUCGCAGCGGGGGACCCUGAAGACCUCUCCCCAGAGCUAAACGGACUAAUCCUUUUUUCAAUUUUGGCAGUUGCCAAGGAUAUUUACAGCAAGUCCUCGCCUCUUCUCGCUCCCUCCCCUAUCUUUCUCUCUCCCCCCCCCCCCCCCCCCCCCCACCCC